CUCUCUCCCUCUAACCCAAACAAAUAAUUUCCUCUUCUCUCUUCCUCUCCCUUCACUCUCUCUCAAUCUCUCUCAACCCACAAUUGAAAAGGCAAAAAUACUAGUAAAAGAAAAGGCCAAAAUGGAACAAAAUCUUCCAGUGAUAGCCAAAAGAGUAUGGAGCAUAGUAAGGGCAGUUCUCUUCAUGAUGAGAAAAGGCAUAUCAAAGAGAAAGCUCAUGGUUGAUCUCAACAUGAUGCUCAAACGUGGCAAAAUCGCUAGCGCCAAAGCCUUCGGCAACCUCAUGUUCCACCACCACCACAACCACAGCAACCACCACAAAGACCGCCACAUCUCAUCCUUCAUGGCGGCAGCCCAGGAGUACGAGUUCAGCUGCAGCAACACCCCCAACUACAUCUUCCCUUUCAACCUCGCCACCAAGAAGAAAAGCGGCAUUAACAACUACUAUCACCAUUUCUUCGCCUGCACCCACGCGCCUCCCACUCACGACGACGACGUCGCGACGGUGAACGCUGUUAAGGUUGUGUUGGAGAUGUUCAACAACAAUGACAGCAACAUGGUGGUGGAGGCCUCCCCUAUGUUACCAGGGUUCGGGCAAACUCCAUUGGCCAGGCAACUUAGGAUAACGGACUCUCCUUUUCCUUUGAGAGAUGUCGACGAAGACAAUGGCUACGUAGACAAGGCUGCCGAGGAUUUCAUAAACAGGUUUUACAAGGAUUUGAAGCAGCAAAAUAAGAGAAUGGCUGAGUUAUAAGUGAACUUUUGUUGGUGCAUGUCCAUGUUUUAAGUUUAUGGUUAAUUACUUUGGGGUUUUAAUUUUGUUGUUGAUAUAACAAAUAAAAGAAAACUAUAAGAAAAAAAGAAAUGCAAUUUUCAGUUUAUUUUCCCUUUUUUUUUUGUUUUGAUCUUAUGUUAAAAACAGUGUAUGUUUAUCAUGAAAAAUCAAUGUAAUAUCACUGAGGGGGACUGUACACUACAGGGAAUUUGAAGCUUAAUUAAUUAAUUAGCCCUUUCAAGUA